GGGUGUAACCGUGAUUCCUUCCAUAGUUCCAUUCCGCCACCGAUCGAACAGACCUCACCUCGCCCUUCCCCGCCGCCGCCGCCGCCGCCGCCGUUUCCUCCUCCUUGCGAGUCCUAACCUCCCCACUACGGAACGCGGUCCGAUCCAGAUCGGAGGUAGUCCCCACUUCCCCCGCUUCUUCGCAUCACAAGCGGCCCCAGACGCCUCGCCGGAUCGGAUCUCGCGCGGCGUCGGUGCCGGAGCCGGAGAUGGUGUCGUCGUCGUCGUCGGAUGCGGCCGCUGCCGCGCUGGAGCUGCAGGAGUCCGGGUGGGAGGAGCUGCGGCGGGAGGCGCGCAAGCUGGAGGGCGACCUCGACGUGAAGCUCUCCUCCUACGCGCGCCUCGCAGCGCGCUCCUCCUCCUCCGCCGCAUCCGCCUCGGGCGCCGCCUCCCCCACCGCCGACCGCUCCUCUUGGAAGUCCAUGGAGUUCGAGAUCCAGUCGCUGCUAGGCAAGCUGCAGGACGUCAACGACGCCAUGAGCCGCUGCGCCGCCUCCAGCGCCAACACCACCUCCGUCUCCCAGAAGCUCGCGCGCCACCGCGACAUCCUCCACGAGUUCACGCAGGAGUUCAGGAGGACCAGGGGGAACCUGAGCUCCAUGAGGGAGCACGCCGAUUUACUCAGCUCCGUCAGAGACGACAUCACUGAGUCCAAGGCCACCGGUGGCAUGUCGCCAAGAGUGCAUUUGCUCAGGGAGCGAGCUUCCAUUCAUGGCAGCAUCAACCAGAUUGAUGAGGUAAUUGGCCAAGCUCAAAGCACAAGAGUAGCUCUUUCCAAUCAGAGGGCCUUGUUUGGAGAUAUUCAAGGAAAAGUCAAGCAGUUGGGUGAAAAGUUUCCGAUAAUCAGAGGUCUUCUUGGCGCCAUUAAGCGGAAGAAAUCAAAGGACACUAUAAUUCUUUCAGCAGUGAUCGCGGCCUGCACCAUCUUUUUGAUUAUUUACUGGCUUUCAAAAUGAUGGUAUCUCAACUGAAAGAAACUUCCUAGAUCUCCCUUCUUGGCCCGGAUUAGCCGAUAAUAUCUGAUAGUGUAUCAGCACCGAGAAAGAUGGAACGAGAGGCCAGUUUCCUCAGCUUUCAUUGAUUUUGUUCGACAUCUAUUGUACCUUGUAUCUGAGAUUCUGAGAUUCCACAUAUGUAGAGAAUUUUUGCUGGUUCAGUAAAUAUAUAUUACACAUACAUGGUAACAUUAAGCUGA